AUGACUCGAUUCUCUUCCAUCCCCGCGGAGGCGCCCAGGCACCUUGUCCGUUCGUCGCUCAAUAAUGUCCGGAAAUUCUCAACUUCGUCUCGCCUGUGUGAUUAUGCGGAAACACUCAAGAAUCUGAAGAUAGGCGCUCACACCAGGGUUUUGUUCCAGGGUUUUACCGGUAAACAGGCCACCAUCGUCGCUCAAGAGUCCUUGGCAUGGGGCACGAAGAUUGUCGGCGGCGUCAAGCCAGGAGUUGAUUCUGCGCAUCUCGGUCGUCCCAUCUUCCCGUCUGUUAGAGCGGCUCGAAUAAGGGGGGAACCGGAUGCAUCUGCGAUCUUUGUGCCCGGCGAUCAGACUGCAAGAGCAAUUGAAGAGGCGAUUGAGGAAGAAAUACCACUCGUCGUGGCGGUGGCGGAACAUGUCCCCAUACACGACAUGCUGCGUGUUCACUCCAUGCUCAAGUCACAGUCAAAGACGAGGUUACUGGGGGCAAACUGCCCGGGAAUUAUUUCCCCGAUUGGCAAAUGCCGCGUCGGAUUUCAGCCACUGCCCUGCUUCUCUCCGGGAAAUAUUGGCAUCGUUACAAAGUCGGGAACCCUGAGUUAUGAGGCUGUGGCUUCGACCACACGAUCAGGACUGGGACAGAGCCUUUGUAUCGGUAUCGGAGGCGAUCCUUUGGUGGGCACUAACUUUGUCGAUGCGUUGAAUAUCUUUGAGGAGGACCCUGAUACCCUCGGUAUCAUCCUGGUUGGUGAAAUCGGUGGUAGAGCAGAAUUAGAUGCAGCCGAUUGGAUUAAGGAUUACCACCAGAGGAACACUAAUCCCAAACCGAUAAUGGGCCUUAUUGGCGGUAUGAAUGCUAUUCCUGGGCGGAUCAUGGGUCAUGCUGGUGCUUGGGCUUCGUACGGCGAACCCAACGCCUAUGCCAAGUAUGAAGCACUCGAGCGUGCCGGCGUGGUGAUGGUAAACCAUCCUGAGAAAUUCGGGGUGGGGAUAAAGACCCUUCUGAAGAGUCGAACUUCCACCAACGGUGCCAACCAACGACGAGGCCUGCAUACGAAGAGACGCAUGACACGAAGCCUUAACGGAUCACCCCAGUCCCAGCAAACCAGAAGUCUCUUUGUUAAGCGAUUCCAGGCUCUUGAAAUGAUCAAAGAGAAAUCCAUCCCAGUCAAUGAAGCUGCCACGUCGGAGUCAGACAUCUUCCUAUCCCUCACCAUCGACAGAACGGCCUUGUCGCCAUGCAUUCUGGCUUCCCCAUCCGCUGGCUUCGAACCAGAUCUGACAGGCCGGUUCCCGUUCGCAUACGAGGGCACGGAAUUUAGCAGGGAACAUCCACUGAUUGAAACCGUCGCCUCCCACCUGCAGCUUCCCACGACGGCUCACGACAACUUGGCGCAGAUCUUUCAGGGCUUGUGGCAAAUUUUCACGGAAAAAGAGGCAUACCUCCUGGAAGUGCGUGCCAACACCACCGACACAUUCGAGGUCCGCGAUGCCCGUUUUGGGUUCGACGACGCCGCCUUCCGGAGCUCAGGACGUCAGGCAGAAGUGCAGCAAUUGAGAAACCCAGUUGAAGAAGUGGCCGAGGAAGUCGAGGCCGAAAGGAAUGGCAUCUUCUACAUCAAACUCAAAGGCCAUGGAAGCAUCGGUAUUCUAGUGAACGGCGCGGGCCUGGCAAUGAACACGGUGGACGCACUGACGAUCCGCGGCGGGCACUGUGCGAACUUCCUGGACACGGGCGGCAAAGCCACAACCGAGAUGGUCAAGUCCUCACUUCGGAUCAUCACAUCAGACCGACGUGUUAAGGCGAUCUUUGUCAACAUUUUUGGCGGGUUGACCAAGUGUGAUAUGAUCGCAGAAGGGAUCAUCCAGGCCUUUGAAGAGAUGAAGCUGAACGUGCCCGUGGUGGUGCGACUGCGAGGAACGAACGAAGCGCGCGGGCAGCUAAUGAUCUCACGGAGCGGAUUGCCACUGGAGGCGUUUGACGGCUUCGAGGCGGCGGCACUGCGGGUGAUCGAGCUGGCUGGGGAUCGAAAACACUUUUAUUAA